AUGGCAUCAUCUCAGUUGAGGAAGAGAGUUGACGCCGUCGAUUGUCGUGCUGCUUCCGUUCUCGUUUGUGCCAAAGAUGGCAGUGCUUUUGCUCAUUGCUACGAUUGCAAGAAGAAUGUGCCGGUUGCACUCAUCGACAUGCACAGUUGUAGCCUUGAAGCUAAAAUUAAAAUGAACCUAGAUGCUCAAGUUGUGGAACAGGCUGCUGAAGCUAAGAAGCCAGAGAGGAAGAAGCCCAAAUCUAAAGAGCCUAUGGCAAAAAAGGCUAAAGUUGGGAAGGGGAAGAAGGUCAAGGAUCCUAACAUGCCUAAGCGUCCUCCCACAACUUUUUUUGUCUUCUUGGAUGAUUUUAGAAAAUCUUUCAAGGAAGCUAAUCCUGAUUCUAAGGAUGCUAAAAGGGUUGGCAAAGAGGCUGUGUGGGGCAUGGUGAUUGUGGCCAUUGGAUUUUCCUAUGGCUUUGUGGAGUUUGAAGUGGCAAGUGCUGUGCAAAGUGCACUUGAGGUAGAGGCCAAGAAUAUUGGGAGCAGGAAAAUAUAA